AUGAUGAUGAUGACGACCUUGUUAUUUGCUAUGAAUGUACAGAAAAAUCUGGGAAAACUAGUGACGGCGCUUCUCCUGCUGGGUUCAGCCGCGGCGGCCGACACCAACGCCACCACGACCACGGCGAAAGCGGACGGCAACUCCACGACCACCACCACCACGACCACGACCACCACCGCAGCCCCCGCGAAAACAAAUGAGACAAAUGUUUACAGGCCUUUCGAAGGGGUAGACCCCAACGAGCUGUCAUGCGACCCCAAUGGGCAGAUAUUUCUCCUGUUGCCUCACUUCACCGACUGCACAAAGUUCUUCAUGUGUGCCCACGGUGAGGAAGUGCUGUUUGUCUGCCCCGGUGGCCUGUAUUUCGACUUUGUUCUGCAGGUUUGCAACUGGCCAAGGGACACCAACUGCAUUCUUCGCGACUCCCCUGACGAUGGCGACGUUGGCUCCGGAGAGGAGGAGUUCGACUGGCUCUCUGAUAAUGCCGAGAAGCCCUCAGACGGCUCCGUUGUCAGUCUGACGGCUGAUGACGUGUUAAACGCCGUCAGACCCAUGUCCCUGGAGACGCCGACGGCAACCGGACACAAUAUCAUCCUAAGCUGCUUCCGUGCUGACUCAGCUUCACGACAGAUCGCUUAUAAAGGUGACUGCCAGCGCUACUGGCGUUGCAUGAACGGCGUACCCCAAGUGGCUUACUGCACGGACGGCCUGUACUUCAACGAGCGAACCCAGCAGUGCGACUACGAGGCAAACGUCACCUGCAUGGUGGAGCAGGUGGACGAGUUGAAGGGCGAAUUCAUCGCCGUCAAG